GCAAGAGGAUGAUUUACCCGCUGCGCAAGUGCGCGCUUUCACAAUCUCAGCGUAGAAUCUUGCAGAAAAGAGCUAAUCUACGAUUUUAUGCAACUUCCGCUGACGCUGAGCCGCUGGUGAAACCAUGUGCGUUCAGUAGAUCGGACUGGGAGCGCCGACGUAUACAGGAAGAGGCCACUUGCGCUGACUCAAGGGUGGAUUCUGAUGGCUGGCAGUCUCUUAUGCGUAGCCAACGUGGCUUUGGUCGGCCACAUACACAUAAGAGCAAAAUUGGUACUAGUUUUAUUGCCCGUCUUCAGAAUGUAAACAACAAUACACCGGAAAGUGAGCUUAGGAAUCUGCUGGUAGAAAUAUCACUUCACAUCGAUGAGUUAAACGAGUACGAACUGGUGGAUAUUGGAUAUUAUUUAACUAGAGUGAAUUCGCCAGAAUGCCCGCUGGUCGUAGAACCCAUACUGCAUCGCUUCUUUUCAUUACCCGAACGACAUUCUUGUUUAAAUGGAGUAUACAUUCACAGGCUCCUGAGAACCAUGUUUAUCUACCAAGACGUGACAUAUCGCGUAUGGGUCUAUGAGAUUGCUCAAAUCGUCGGAUUGAAACAUAGGCACAUGCUUAUGCGUGACGUGCAACUGGUUAUUGAUGAUCUAUCGCUAUUUUACGAUGCAGCUGCACAGGGCGCUUUGACCAAGUUUGAAGGGGUGCUCAUUAAACGUGCUAACGAGUUAGAGAUUAAUCGUUUACCAUUAGUCAUCCAUGCCUUAGGCCGCUGCGGAUAUAAUACUGUUGAUGUAGCUCGUGUGGUUCAUGAGAUGUACCUUGCUAAGCGCGGGCAUCCUGAUUUCUACAAGUGUCAUCUUAUAGGCUUGUUGCUCAAGGGAUACGCUCAAUUCCAUUUUCAUCCUGGGAUGCAUUUCAUGGACGAUGCGUGGAUGCAUAUACGCGAUAGUGUAAGUACUGCGGAGUUCAAGUACCUAUCCUGGUUGUCUGAGUCUUUCCUUCGAAUGCGUCUUGUAGAUCACGCGCCGUUAGUGCUGGAUGAGCUUUUAAAGAAACAUGAGCUAUUGAGCCAUCUAGAAUACACAGAUUUCAUAUCGGGAUGCUGGUCUAUACAAACACAUAUACUAUCACGGGAGUUUGCCAAGUACCUUGUACCGGGCUCAAUGUGGCAGUUGGAUGCAUUAUCUCCGGAUGAGCUAACCAGGGUAUCCAACCCCAACACUUUGCGCACGCUGUAUCGCUAUUACCACAUGUUGUUGAGAGCAGUCAUGUGCAACAUGGGCACCAAAAUAUAUGGCUCCACACCACCGUAUAGAGCUACGCAAUUCGAGCUGCUGACUCGUUUGCUGGUGAUAUAUCCUAAUCCUAGGGAUUUUAGGGAUAUAUUGCCAUUACGAAAGUUCGACGCCGUAUACCCCAAGAUAGAGAUACCAGGUAAUCGCCAUGUUCCUAAGCUCGGUACACUGGAGUUCAUUUUUCAGGAUUAUAGUCCAUUAAGAGCAUCACGUUUCUUUGGUGAGGGGCAUGAUCUUGAAAGCGCACUGUCUAGUACGCUCUCUGAGGUUGCGGAUGUUGAUUUCAUGGAAAUAGAUUUGAAACACAAUUCACCUUGGGUAGAUGCAACUACUUCCAAUGGACCUAAUGAGGACACUAUUCACGGUUUUGCAUCAUGUGGGACCAAUAAGGUCGAUCCUGAUGAAGUAUCUCCGGUGGGAUCUGAAGACCAACCACUGCUAACACCGUUGCCAGCAAUACUCAAGACAUACCUCCACUCUAUAUUCUUUAGGACACCUGCGUUGGCGCCAAGAGGUAUACGCAUAUUGCUACAGGGACUAGUGAGGAUCCAUUUUGAACUCAGGGAAGAUUGCAUUGUAGAACCUGACCUGCUCCCACAUGUGAAAACAAAACAUUACAACCGACCGCUUUCACAUGCUAUAGUACGCGAGGUUUAUCGCAAGCUAGCCUGUUACAACACUGAUGACUUGCUCAUCACACUUUACUGCAUGUUACAGUUACGUAUGUUACACCUGGAGUUAGCACCUACUAUGCUACAACAACUUACGGGAAUGUGGGCUCACCAACUGGAAGAUGGCCUGCUGAAUUGUGCUCAGCGUGAACAUGUAAGAGUGUUCUAUGAGACUUUGUUACACAAUGAGCCUGAGGUAUACACAGGGCUACGUGGACAGGCGCUAGAUACGAUACUGCAAUACUGCCCGCUUCCAAAUAUUACAGCUUGAUGUACCCUAAGGUAACACAACC